AUGGCCAUCGCCGAGUCGGACCACCCCGCGAGCGGACUUAUUCCGAAGACCCAGCGUGCCUGGACCGUCCCUCGACAGGGUGGCGACGUCGUCCUCGACGAGAAUUAUCCCGUCCCGACGCCAGGCGAAGGCCAGGUCCUGGUCAAGGUCCUGUAUACGGGGGUGUGUCAAUCUGACCUCCACACCGCACGCGGCACCGCCACGGGCCCAGACGGCCAGCCCAUCACGAACAUCAAACUCCCGCACGUCGGCGGCCAUGAAGGCGUCGGCCGCAUCGUACAAUUCGGGCCCAACACCACACCCCCCACGCCCGCCGUCAAGGUCGGCACCCCCGUCGGCAUCCGCUUCCUGGCGUCGGUGUGCCACGAGUGCGAUUUCUGCACCUCUGGCCGCGAGCAGCACUGCCCACGCGCCGUCAACCACCUGCACCACCGUGACGGCAGCUUUCAGGAGUGGUGUGUCUUGGAUUUGGCCUAUUUGACUGUGUUGCCGGAGGAUGUAGAUGUGAAGGUUAUGGGGCCUGUGCUUUGCGCAGGCUUGACCGCUUACAAGGCAGUCAAGAACGCAUCUCUCAAGCAAGGAGACUGGCUUUGUGUCAUCGGAGCUGGAGGCGGCCUCGGCCAUCUGGCGGUCCAAUACGGCCUCGCCCUUGGUGCGCGAGUCAUCGCGGUGGACACGGGCUCCGCAAAGCGACGCAUCAUCGAGUCGCUCGCCUCCGCCUCUGGUUCAGCAGCAGUAGUACACUUUAUCGACUUUGCGACUUCACCCGAUCUGACAGCCGACGUCAAAGCAAUCACUGCGGACAGCGGCGGCGAAGGUCAAGGCGAAGGCGCCCACGCGGUCAUCGUCACAAGCGGACACCCACUGGCAUUCCACGACCCCACUCCCACGGACCUACUGCGCGUCGGCGGCACGCUGUGCUGCGUGGGCAUCCCGCCCGGCAGCGUGCUGCUGGACGUUCCCGUGGCGACGGUGGUGAUCAAAUCGCUCAAGAUCGUGGGCAACCUGGUGGGUAGUCUGGCGGAGACAUUGGAGGCGGUAAACGUGGUGAGGAGCGGGAAGGUCACGGUGCAUGUUGAUGUCAGGCCUUUUGAGGAGUUGGUCAAGGUGUAUGCAGAGUUGGAGGCGGGAGAGGUGGCGGGGCGGGUGGUGCUUGAGGUUGCGAGGGAGGGGUGA